AUACUUCAUUGUCUCAGUGUGAAUCAAGUGAUUUGACUUCUGUACCAGCAUCUAACUAUAAAUGUGUGGAUAUGCCUAUAGCCAAACACAGGGAAGAGAUAGUGUCUCUGAUAGAAAGCAGUUCAGUUGUGAUUGUACAAGGAGCAACUGGCAGUGGUAAGAGUACGCAGAUUCCACAAUAUAUUUUGGAUUAUUGCACUGAGAAGUCGAUCUACUGCAACAUUGCUGUUACCCAGCCUCGGAAAAUUUGUGCCAGCAGCAUUGCCAGGUGGAUUUGCAAGGAACGAUCAUGUACGCUAGGUCAACUUGUAGGAUACCAGGUAAGUUUAGAGAACAUUUCCUCAAAGGAGACAAGAUUGCUGUACAUGACAACUGGAGUUCUUCUUCAGAAAGCAGUUUGUGCCAAAAGUCUAGAUGAAUUCACACACAUUUUCAUUGAUGAAGUGCAUGAACGUACAGAAGAAAUGGAUUUCUUGCUCUUGGUGAUCCGUAAACUGUUGCGUUCAAAUUCGCAAUCUGUAAAGGUAAUAUUGAUGUCUGCUUCCAUCAACUGUAAAGAAUUUGCUGAUUAUUUUGCACUUCCAGAUUGUAAUGGUCUGAAUCCAACCUGUAUACUUAAGGUGGAAGGCAAACCUUAUGCAAUCAAAGAAUAUUAUCUUGAUGAUUUGAAGCACAUUGUUCAUUUCAAGCUUCCUUCUCAAAGAAUUGAGGAACCAGUGAUACUGAGGCAAAUGUAUGAAGUAGCAGUGUCUUUGAUUGAGUCAUUUGAUGAGUUGGAGAUGAAGAGCGAUAGCUUUGAUAUCUUACUCAGAUAUGUCACCAGGCAGUAUGGCAAGUAUGAAGCAGUAGACAGCGAGAUAGUCAACCAGCACCUAGUGGGAUCGAGCAGAUCUGGCAGGCCGUGUCCAAACAGACCAUAUCAUGGUUUGAGUGAGAUAAGCUACAUGCAUUCAUGUCUUUCAAAUAAGUUUAACAAAAGGUGGCAAGUGUACCCACUUCACUCAACUUUGUCAUUAGAGGAACAAAGUAGUGUGUUUUUGACUACAGCUCCUGGCUACAGAAAAGUUAUUCUGUCUACAAAUAUAGCUGAGAGCUCUGUAACAGUUCCUGACGUUAAAUAUGUGAUAGAUUUCUGCUUGACUAGAACUUUGGUUUGUGAUGAGGAAACGAAUUACCAAAGUUUGAGACUUUGCUGGGCACCUAAAACAAACUGUAAUCAAAGAAAAGGUCGUGCUGGACGUGUUUCCCAAGGGUAUUGUUACAGGCUUGUACACAAGGACUUCUGGACAGACUUUAUUCCAGAGAAGUCAGUACCUGGGAUACUGUGUUGUCCAUUGGGACCUACAGUCUUAAAAAUAAAACAGCUUGAUAUGGGGAGACCAAAAGACUUACUGGCAACAGCUCUUUCUCCACCCAGCGCAAGUGGCAUUGAACGUGCCAUACGUCAGUUGAAAGAGCUGGGAGCACUUACAACUUGUGCAGAAACAGACGAAGAUCCACAUGAUGGUGAGCUGACUUUCUUAGGGCGAGUAUUGGUCCACUUGCCAGUGGAUCUGCAUCUUGGAAAACUGAUAGUCCUUGGGCAUGUCUUCGGGUGCUUAGAAGAAUGCCUCAUUAUAGCUGCAGCACUCUCUUUGCGGAAUUUUUUUGCAUUACCUUUCAAACAGCGUGUCAAUGAAUACAGGAGCAAACUGUUUUUUGCUGGGAGUAGUAAGAGUGACUGUAUUGCAAUUGUGAAUGCAUUCAAGGCAUGGCAGACCUGCAAACAGAAAGGGGAGCUGAGGCAUCCCAAGGAAGAGCUUGAGUGGGGUCGAUCAAAUUGUAUUAAUGUCGGUAGAAUCAGAGCGGUGGCGGAGUUAUUUCAGAAGUUGAAAAUGCGAGUCGGAGCAUUUAACAUGUGUAUUAAUGCUCAACCAUCUGCUAUGGAUCAGGAAUGUGAAUACAGACAGCUCUUCAUUUUGCAGGUUGUAAUAGCUGGUGCUUUCUAUCCAAACUACUUUACUUUUGGAGAAUGUGUUGAAAAAAUUGCUGAGAGAGACCUUGCUGAUAAAGAUCCAAAAACAACUGUAAUGCUGAAGAAAAUUCCUCCCUAUGGAUAUUUAUACCAUAAACAGUUGCAGUCACUGUUUAAACAGUGUGGGCAAGUAAAAUCUAUUGCCUAUGAGGGAUCAAAGGCUUUCGUGGAGUUUGCCCGUAACCCAUUGGAGGGCUUUAAGAUUCUUCCUGCAGUGUACCUGUCACUCAAGAUGUCACAGCUGAAAAUUCCUCUUGAGCUGAAUGUUCAUUGCCCGGAUCAUAUUGAAAGGCAAUUGCGAGAUGAGAGAGCUGCAAGUGUGAAAUCUCUAAG